CAAUUUUGCAGUCGUGUGUACCUAAUCAAUUUUUUUUUCAUUUUGCAUACGACAGUAGUAGGUAUCGUAAAAAAUUUGUAGCUUUUAAAAAUUAAUCGGCUAGUCUAAAAAUAAUCGUUUGGAAUCAGUUUUCGGUGAUUGUGUCGAAUUUUUUGUGUAAAUAAUCAACAGACCUCUCCAGCUGUAAGUUCUAGAACCAUUGAUAAGGAGAUUUGCCUUUUUUAACAGAGCCGGCACUGCUCGACAAUAUCGCACCAAUGGAGAGCUGCCAUGUGAAGUUGACAACCGCUGACAACUGACGUGUACCACUUUUUAUUUUCAAAAUCAAUUUGAGGCCAAGCGCUAAUAUAUUCGAGCCGGUAUUUUCGAAAAAACGUAGUUACACUCCGACGAUUGGCAAGUGAAAAUUACCCAACCAGGAGAGAAAUGCGGGCGUUAAAGUCAACCCUUUGUGUUGUUUUGGUCGCGAGUUUUUCGCUCGCGGCUGUCGCCAAUAAAGGUACCGUAAAUUUGGACGAACACAAUUUCGAGAAAAUCGUGCAAAAAUUUGAGGUCGCGGUGGCAAAGUUUGAUCCUUCCUAUCCGUAUGGUGAGAAGCACGAGGCUUUCAUGAGCGUUGCCGACGAAUUGAAGGCCAGGUCGGAGAUUCUGUUCGCUCAGGUAGGCAUAAAAGAUUGGGGCGACAAGGAAAACGAGAAUUUGGGCAAGAAAUUCGGCGUGAAGUCGAAAAACGACUACCCCGCCUUGAGAUUAUUCGUGCAAGGAGAGGACCAGCCCUUUGAAUAUAACAACAAUCAGCCCUGGACUGUUGAUGACAUUAAGAGGUUCAUCAGGGACCAUACAAACAUUUACCUUGGUCUGCCAGGAUGCUUAGAGAAAUUUGAUAAAUUGGCACAGGCGUUUUCCGGAGCUUUUGACAAGGCGAGUGUAGUAUUCGAAGCUGAAACUGAAGCUAAAGACCUAAAAACCGAGAAAGAGAAGCAGAUUGCUAACCGCUACAUCAAGUACAUGAAAAAGGCCCUCGAAAAGGACGAUUUUAUUUCAGAGGAGAAGCAGAGACUGAACAAAAUAAUAGCCAAAGGGAAACUAACCAAAGAGAAGAAAGAGGAACUAUCCAAUAAAAUUAAUAUUCUAUCUGCAUUUACAUUACCAAAAUCGGAACUCUGAUAUAGUGCUUUCAUAAAGCAAUUACUUUUUGUUUUGGGGGUUGUAAAUUUUAUUUUGUGUUGUGGUUAUUUCCUAUAUAUAAGAGAUAAUGAUGUUUUUUAUUUAUUGAAGUAUGACAACAGCUUUGACUGAAUACAAUCCGUUUUAUACAAUGUUAUAAUUUUGGACAUUCCAGAAUAUUUGUGGCUGUACAAGUUUUUAUUGUAUUAAGAGUGAGUUUGGAGGUUAAUAAUUUUUUAUCCCAUGGUAUUUAUUCGAAAUAUACAUGUUAAAUGGUA